AUGUCAUUGAUAUUAAAGAGUCCUCGGGGCAGACCUCCCAAAACUUCCCUUCCAUCAUUGCAUGCUAAUAAUGCUCCCUCAACAAAUCCCGCUCUUCCGCUCGUCCAAACUCUGCCCGCUCAAACAACUAAACCACAAUGCACGGUCGGUGAACACGCCAACACUUUUACGAUUGAUAGUUGCGCCAUAAAUGUACAAAGUACGAUCCCAGACAAACAGAAUUUGGUUGCAGCUUAUAAAAAAGAUGCGAUAUCACGUGAAGGAAGCCAACAGUAUGUACCCGAGAAGAAAAGGAUAAAGUUGAAGAUUUCUGGAUAUAAAAGAGUAUGCGAUGGACCGUUGGCAGCGAGGAAGCAGAUGUUGGAGGCUAGAGCUCAUCGGGCAGCACUUGAGGCUGCAAAGCCGCCUUCUGAAAAAGGGUUUGAAGUCGUCAAUUAUGCAAAGGAUCUCUACUCAACCAUUCUCAUUGGCAUCCAAAAUGCUGCGGCGGAUGCAGAUUCACAACGGUUAUUGGAGGAGGUGAAGAAAUAUGGCAAUUUGAUUGCUGUGGAGAUUACGAAAAUUCGAAAGGAUGAGUGGGAUGGAAACGAUGAAACACCAAUUGUUAUAGAACUGAGAUUUGACUUGCGAGGUCUAUGGAAUAAUUUAUGCUUCUAUGCUUUAUUAUUCCCAAGCCAUUAUCGGCCAUCAAAUGAUUUUUCAGCACUACAUUCUAACUAUCCGCUUCUCCUGACAAAUGCUCCGACAUUACUUGUGAAUAGAAUACUCGUAUGGUUACGAAUACGCUUCAACUGUAAUUCAAUGAGAUACUCAUUCAACGAGAUACAACUGCGUUCGUUGAUGAAUAACUUGGAGAACGCAGGAGUCAGUCAAGCUCAGUUUCUUGACAAAGGAAAUCAACGGAUACAGAAACAGCUCGAAUUCACAUACAAAUUCCCAGAUAAAACAAAUAUUGGAGAAGUGACAAUAAGCAUUCUUCGUCCUGACUUGGAUGAAUUAUAUAUAUGCUCAUCAUUCUCUGUUAUCCAUACACCACCAACAAUAACCACACUGCUGUCGGUUCAUCUUCCAAGCCAAUUUGACUUGUCUUCCCUAAUGCUGGAGCAAGUAACAACGGAAUCGUUCUCAUUCUCACGUGAAGGUUUAAUAAUGAUGUUCAAUACUGGAAACAGCGAUACAAUUAAAGGCGUCAUAAAGGCAGUUAUAGCUAUGAUUAGCGAAAAAUGGAAGAAGAAGACGAGUUAA